AUGCGACGGACAGCUUUUCUUGGGUUUUCGAUUGCUUCGACCAUCAACGGCAUCGCAGCCGCUGGUUUCAGCCCCUCCGAGUUCGUUCCGCUCCUUGGCCCAUCCUUUAUCUCGAAUUUUGAUCCAACCAAUACGGGACCUAUCCGCGAAGCUAUAGAGGCUUUCCCGGAAGUCAUUGAUGCAUUAUUUGACGAUGGGACCCUGAACAAGACUGACCUCACCUUUGCUAUCGACGUCUUUUCAGCCGCUACCAACCAGUCUCUGUACAGCUACCACCAUGUCGGGGACAGCCAGCAAGUGACACUCACGUCUGGACAGCUCAACGACAAGACGAUAUCCAAGCUCGGCAGUGUAUCCAAACUCUUUACUGUCUAUGCCAUUAUUGCCAAAGCCGGAAUCGAAAUAUUCAGCCAUCCUGUCACAAAGUACAUUCCCGAGCUUGCGUGCAACUCUACAAACUCGUCGAGCAAUAGUCUAAAUCAUAUAUCUUGGGAGGAUAUUACGAUUGGCGCGCUUGCUUCUCAUCAAGCUGGAACUGGAGGAGCCACAAAGCUUCUCCUGGACAGUGGCAACCCAUUUAUAAUUACACCUCAACAACUUUUCGAUUCCAUGUGCACCAAGUAUCCUGUCAUCAGUCCCUUCCGAACCGCCGUCUACUCAGAUGGUGGGUUUGCUGUUCUCACGCAAGUUCUUGCUCGUCUCUCGGGCAAGGAAUAUGGGGAGGCCAUCCGAGAGAUUCUAUUUGAGCCAUUGGGGCUUGAGGGCAUGUCAGACAAGGUACCCAGCGGCCCUGGCGUCAACGCCAUCAAUCGCACAACUGUCGACAAUUCUUCAUCUGGUGGUCUCCAUGCCAGUACAUCAGACCUUCGCGCUGCUGGACUGUCCAUAUUGAACUCGGAGCUGCUCUCUGCUGCAACAACUCAACAGUGGAUGAAGCCUCUGAGUGGCACAGGAUCCCUGGCAGAAGUCGUCGGUGCGCCUUGGGAGAUCCAGCGCCUGGCCGUCCCUGCUACUCCUGGCUCGAACCGCACUAGAAUCUCUGACCUCUACACCAAGGCCGGUGGAAAUGGCGACUACAAUGCAAUCUUUGCUCUAUCUCCAGACCAUGGAAUUGGCUACUCCAUCCUCGUCACUGGGUCUACUUCCGUCCUUGCCCGUUUUAUUAUUCGCAAUGCUGUUGGCGAGUUGAUCAUUCCUGCUGCCGAGGCUGCCGCUGCUGAGAAUGCCCAAGAAAACCUAGCCGGAACUUUUGCAGUCCAAGGUUCCGAGGGUACCAAUCUCACAAUCUCAGUAGAUGAGGAUGCUCCCGGGUUGCGCAUGGAGUCAUUCUAUAUUGAAGGCGUCGACAGCAGCGGACUCUUUGUAAACACCCUGGGCGGCAUGAUGCCCACCGAGCAGGAACUGCGAUUCUUCCCUACCGGCCCCAACUCGUACUCAAAGUCGCUGUCUGCGCAAUACAAGACCGAUGGUACCAUCAAAGUGGCGCAUCGUCUGGUGCACUCAGACACGGCUCCGCCUCUUGCCCCACGAUCCUAUUCCGAGGGCGGCAAGGGCGGAUUGUUCAACGACCAACAUACUUGGCAGGACAUUGGGUUUGAGCUGGCCGCGGACAACUUCGUCUUUACCAUUCAAGAUGGAAAAUUGACCACUGUCGAGUGCGUUGAUCUACAAUUGACACUCAACCGCAUUGAAUAG